UCUCCCUGCCGGCUGGGUGCUGAAGUUGGGCGGAUGGCAGCAACCCAGCUCCGCUAGGGACCAGCUGCACCAGCCUUUCCCCGGGAUCGCUCCGUGCCAAGCGCUCGCGUCCAGGCGGGGCUGGCCACUUGGGUACUGAAGUAGCUGAAAUGAGAAAAAGGCAGCAGUCACAAAAUGAAGGAACAUCUGCUGUGUCUCAAGCACCUGGAAACCAAAGGCCCAACAACACAUGUUGCUUUUGUUGGUGCUGUUGUUGCAGCUGCUCAUGCCUCACUGUUAGGAAUGAAGAUAGAGGAGACAAUGCAGGAAGGCCAACACAUACAACCAAAAUGGAAAGCAUCCAGGUCAUAGAGGAAUGCCAAAACCCUACUGCAGAUGAAAUUUUGUCUUGGGCUCAGAAUUUUGACAAGAUGAUGAAAACACCAGCUGGCAGGAACCUUUUUAGAGAGUUUCUUCGAACUGAGUAUAGUGAAGAGAACCUGCUUUUCUGGCUUGCAUGUGAAGACCUAAAGAAAGAACAGAACAAGAAAGUGGUUGAAGAAAAAGCAAAGAUUAUAUAUGAAGAUUACAUUUCUAUACUUUCACCAAAAGAGGUUAGUCUCGAUUCUCGGGUCCGAGAAGUGAUCAACAGGAACUUGUUGGAUCCAAAUCCUCAUAUGUAUGAAGAUGCCCAGCUUCAGAUAUACACCUUAAUGCACAGAGACUCUUUUCCAAGGUUUUUGAACUCUCAGAUUUAUAAGUCUCUCAUUGAAAGUAUUACAGGCUCUAUUUCUGAAACUUAGUUCUAAUUUUUUUUUAACCUUUUUUGGAGGGGGAGUAGGAAGGGGGAAUUGGAUGGGGGUGAAUAAAAGUAGUUUAAUAACAUCUGGAGCUGAGUUCCUGGAGAACUACAGUUUAGCACUACUCAGGCUACUGUGAAGAAAACAAAUACAUAUUAUGGUCUCUGUCUACAUUUUUACUAAGUUCCUCUGCUUGAGUUUGCCAGGGGAGGGGAACAAUGGAUUUGGCAAAAUACAUUUGUUUCACACUCCUUUUACUUAACUGCAGUCAAGAUUGCAAUGAUGUAUUUGUAGUUUUAUGAACAGUCUCCUUGUGUAUCCUCACACUGCAUGUGCAAGGUAAAACUGCUUCACUUACCACUUAGUUGUUGCAAUAUUUAAUCCAAUAACAUAAAUUAUAUCUGUAUUUAAAAAAAAAUUUUUGUGCAAUACAGUCUUAUGGUACAUAGAAAUAAUUACAGCAAACCAGAAGGAGGCUUGCAUUUUUUUAACAUCACUAAUACUGAAAAAAGCCAAUUUUUAAGGUGUAGCAUUAUUCAACAUGCUCUACUGAGUACAAUACACUGACUUUUUGAAGCCACUAUUUCUGUACAGGAAAAAGAGCUAUUUAUCACUGUUUAUUUAAAAUAAAUCAAAGUAGGGGAUUCCUCUGGUUGUUCACUGCCAAAACUGUGGCAUUUUCGUUACAGAGUCUGCAAUGUCGGGGGAAAAAAAGCACAAACAAAUUAAAGGGAUCCAUGUCUGGAUGACACAAUCUAUGCGCUGAUAUUAUUUAACUGUUAUAAGAACAAAGAGUUUCAAUGUACAUUUCAGAUGUCAGAUACUGUAAUUGAUUUAUUAAAGACUGGCUAUCCAGUUCUAACACUGUUGUCUAAUGUUAUGUACUUCAGCAAAAAAAAAAGCAAGCUUGAUAAUUUAGUUUUUGAAUAAAGAAGUUUAAUAAAAUAAUGCCUACAUGUAGCAUUUUAGAGCAUUUUGAUGAAUUGCAUCUGGCCUGUAAGACUUUUUGAAAGCAAAGUUCCUUGAAAUGAUGUUUUUAAACAAAGUAGUGUUUUACAAGAGGAGUGUUUAAAGGAGAUACAUCUCAGCUUCUAGCUUCAUUGAUUUUUUUAAUAACUCCUUGAAAACAUGGGAUUUUGGAGAUCAUUAAAACCAAAUUUCAGGGGCUUAUGAUCUUAUGCUUCUUACCCAAGCAAAACUUAUAUGAAAUCAACAGGUUUCUUUCAUGGGUAAAGAACUCUGAAUGAGCCCUUACUAUUCAGUCAGAACUAAGGCAGUACAGUACUCUGAGAACCUACUUGCUGCCAUGCUGUUUUUAACAGGUGUCUACUUGGCCUUUUUUUAAAAAUAUACAUAUAUAAUUUUAGUAUGCAUUUUGAUGUUUAGAGAAAUAAUAACUUGUAACUUACAAAAUCCCAUCUUCAUACUUCCAGCUAUCAAAACUGUUUUCAGUGUUAGCAUCCCCUCCAAACUAUCUUUGAAGAUAAAUCAUAGAAUGACUCUGAGUAGAUGUUUAAAAGUAUUUAUUACUGGCAACUCUGGCCUUAUACCAAGACCUAGGAGGCACGAUUCUUCUCGCUUACACUGAUAUAGAUGUAGAGUUCAGUGGGGUUGAAUGAGUCUAUAAUUGCGUAACUGAGUGGAAUCUGGUCAUAAAAUGCAAGGCCCUUCAAUCUACAAGUUAUUCCUCAGGGACAGCUCUCAUCUGAGAAUCCUACUGAAGUCACUGGGGCUCAUGCAGGCACAGAGCUUUGCUUUCAUGGAAUAAACUGUAUGAUCUGGGCCUUAGUUUAUUUGGUGGGGUGAUUUUCCUUUGUUUUACUACCUCUCAUUUUUUCUUAAUUUAUUGAACAUUUCAAAUAGUAGGUUUGGGAUUCUUUUGGUUAUUAUGUUUACUUGAAACCUGUGUGCUUUUUUGGGUAAAUAUGAACAAUUUAAGGAAUUGUUUCUUAAAUUCACUUGGUUUUGUAAUCUAUAUAGAAUUCAGGAGAUGAUCAAAAGGGCUAUUCUUUAUUCCCUAUGCAAAUAUUUUAACUGAUGUAGUGUUUGACAAAAUGGGAUUAAAAAAAUCUGCAAGGCAGAAAACAAAAUUCUGUUUACAGUGGCGUUGCUGACUAUCCUACCAUAUUCAGCACUUUUAAAUGUUGUUAUUUAUGAAAAUGUAGUUUAAAAUGCAAGACACAAACUAUUUAUAAACAUUUUUUUAAUAAAUACCUGUUUUGUCUGAAAGUGGUGUUGUUGUACGACAACUUUAUUCAUGUUGGUUAGUUAUUUACCAUUAUGAAUAAAAUAUUCAAUGAUUAUAUUGAGAGAUUAAUAGCUAUGAUGUUUACAAAAAGAUUUUUCCUGAAGGAUGGAAGAAUUCAACAAGGAAGAAUUGCCUCCUUCUACUGUGAAAUACUGUUAAUACAAUGAUUUUAAGAUUUUUUUCUGAAUUAGAACUUAACUAUGGUGUUACAUAUCUAUAGCACCAUUUAGUUACAGCUAUAUUUACUAUGGUACUAUAUAGAUGUAGCACCAUAUAUGUAUAUACUUACAUGGUGUGAGUUAAGGUUUGUUAGUGUUUGAGGCACAAUACAUUUGGUGCACACAACUAGACAAUGUGUAAUAAGUAAAAAACUGCAUGUAUUAUAAGCCUUUACAAAUGUAGAUUUGCAUAGUCUUCAUGUUACUACAUGAUGGUGACCUACUAACUAUAAGCUAUCUUUAUAAGAUACUGCAAACAAGUAGAUUUUGUUGUUAAAGCAAACAAUACAGCCUUUAAACAUUUUUUUAACAAAAGCGUAAUAUAAGGGCCCUAAAAUACCAUCCUGAUUUCUAGCAUAGGAGGUCCAAAACAUCUGUAUUUGGAAACUGUUCAAUCAUUUUAACAAAUAUUAAAUCUUUAGUGUUAUACUGCAAUGAGAUUGUGUUAAAAGCUCCACAUCUUAUAUCCCCUAUUUUCAGGGAUUUAUAAAUUGACUAAAACUUUCAAAAUGAAAUUUCUUCCUAACAGUAAAUAUUCAUAUUGUUACUGUAAAUUUCAACAAUCAGAUUAGAUUUUUUCAAAAUUUUAUGAAUAACCAGCUCUGGUACCUCAAACUGUUUUGAUUUCUGAAAUUGAUAUUGAUAAAGUAGGCUAUAACAUGAUCUCAUUGCUUUGGAUACAAUAUUUUGGAAACUAAAUGUAAAGUUAAACUAUUAAACUGAUUUACUGUGCAUGCAGUAUGUAAGACACUUUGGAAAACUGCCUAAAUACAUUUUCUCUAUAGACUGGAAUAAAAUAAAUAUGCA